AUGUCUGAAGAACCUGAAACCAAAAUAUCUUGCAGCACAGUGCAGCAAUCUAACGGUGAGACCUAUGUGGGAGCACUUCUCAGUGGUCAGCUCCAUGGAUUCGGCACAUUGAAUACUCCUUCCUACGGCUAUGUUGGGACAUUUUGCAAAGGCCUCCGUCAAGGCAUUGGCAUUUCCCUCUUCCCAAAUGACCACAUGUUCAUGGGAUUCUACAAAGCCGAUGAACGUUCCGGAUUGGGCAUUUCAAUUCGAGGUAACAGUGAAAUCGACAUAGGUCUAUGGAAAGCGAAUAGCCUCAUAAAAGUCAGCACGUCCAUUCUAAGCCAGAUAAAGUCCUUUCAAUCACCAGUUUUUACUCGAUGCCUCAUUGAGAAUAGUAAGUUUGCCAAAGAGGAGAUAUUUACCAUCCCGGACUUAGCGGCGUCACUGCCUUCUAUGGGCCGCAGACGGUCACCUGAUGAGUGUAGCAAUGACCACUCAAAAGAGUUCAGCGAACUUCCACUUGUGUUCUUUAUUCGUAAGAAUGGUGACUGCAUAGAUCUCGCAGUCGAGAAUGACCCUGACGAGAUUCUCAAUCGUGAAGUCAACUGCAACGGGCCAAUUACUAGAGUAGUGGAGAGGUUGUAUUGUGCUGCUGAAUGCAAUGAUCUCCACAGCAUCAGGCAAAUUCUUACCAACACACUCGAAUUUUCGUGCAGGCUUCUGAUAAGUGAAGGACAUCCCCUGAGAUAUGACGUCAGUUUGAGUGAUAUGUACGGCAUCACACCGCUUCAUGUGGCUUCAGCGAAUCAGAGUGUUGAGGUGGUGGAUUUCCUUCUAUCUUACGGAGCGGAUCCUAACGCGUCGAUGGUAAACGGAAUGAGACCCAUCACACUGUGCACCCUCUUCUACCUGGAAAGGCAUUCGUCGGAGCAUAGUGACGGUUACCACUUAAUAGAACUGGGCAUUGGUCAGACCUCCUCUGGUGUUUACAAUCGAGCGGAGCUGGUUUGGUUGUUGGGCUAUGACGCCAGUGAAUCUCCAGCGUCAAAUGAUGAAGAUUGCGGUGGCGGUGACGAUGACUACAAAAUCCACAGAUCUGAUGAUGAGGGCUACAUCGAGACGGGUGUCCUACAGUAUCAAAAAACACUUCUUCACACCCGUGAACGUGUGGACCAUGUUGCGAAUUCUCCGCGAUUUGACAAGUACAUGUCAUGCAACCAGUAUCUCAAAGCACUUACGUGGGAUAUCACUGAGAUGCCUACGCCUGGAGGUUUAGUGAGCCGUAAGUCCAAGCGACCUUGUAGAAGCUCGGCCUUGACGAAGGCAACUCAGGUGACACAGGCGGAUCUCAAGGAAAUAAGAAAAAGCAUUCGGAUUAGAGCACGCCUAAAGACGAUGCUACUACUCCUGCAGCACGGCGCCAACCCAAACAUUGCUAUACAGCCUCUGCCUCCGUUGAUAGCUGCAGCUCGAGCUGGAGAUGUGGAGUUAUCCCGACUGUUGCUGCACUUUGAUGCAGAUCCCAACAUCCGCAUUCCACCGCACUCUGUCACGAUGUCUGAGACCACAUUCACCGACAACCACGGAAACAUCUAUACGACAAGUGCUGGUGGACUCACGGCGUUACAUUUCGCCGUGGUUCUGCCCGGCGCCGUAGGCGUCCAGCUGACACAAAUGCUUCUUCAGAGAGGAGCGAAUCCCAAUUUGAGAGCUCUGCCUGAUGCCAGCUUUCUCGUUGAUAUUGAGGGCAAGAAAUCAACCUGGUCGACCUCCACGUGUGACGGUGGCAGGACCGCAUUGCAUCUCGCAUGCGCAAAGACCUACGACAAACAGCACGCCACGGAGAUAGUGAAAUUGUUGAUACAUCACAGUGCCGAUGCCAACCUUCUCUGCAAUGGUCACUGCGCUCUCAGCCUAGCACUGGCCUGUGGUAAUGAUGAGAUCGUCUCACUUCUGCUGACCUAUCCACAAACGAAAGUAGGAAUGCGCCUGACACAUGGACUUGGCUCUUCUCUGUGCGUGCUCCUGCACCCCAUCUUCGAGCACGUUCGCACUUUCGACAGUCGGUUGUCUCUCCUCUCACAACUCAUUGCCCACUGCCCUUCGGGUCUCCUCAAUCAUCGUAUCACCAUGCCCUACGAACUGGUCGAAGGUAACAUUGUGGACUACGUGUUGCAUGUCUACACGCGAGUUGAGAAGAAGGUGUUGGGUGAUCCUGCCAAGCGUCACAUCUUGCAACAACGACAACGCAUUUUGGAUUUGCUAGCUGCAGAACUGAGAAAAUCAGCUUUUGCGAGUGAAACGUGGAGGCGCGUUCAAGAUUUGAACCAUGCUGGCAGCCUCAUGGAAAUAAAUGAGCUACAAUUCUGCUUCCAUUGUGGGCGAUCAUUGGGUGUCAACCUCUCUCCAUGUCGACGAUGUCGGCUGGUGUUGUUCUGCUCCAAUUCUUGUCGAAGAGGAGCCUGGAUGGAAUGGCACGGAAGACAGUGUUUGCACAUUAUGGGUUUGUCUUUAUACCUUCAGCUUUAUCUCAUUUUACCUCGGCUGCCAAGUUGA